AUGCCACGUAAGCUACGUAAGAAUAUACGUAAGAGGAAGGGAGCAUUGAAACAUCCAAAAGUAAAACUGACACCACAACAACAGUUGCAACAACAAAUGCUGAAUGACCCCACUAUGUUGCAACAAAUGUCAAGCAAUCCUAUGCUUUUAAACCGAGUUACUGGUGCACAGAGUGGAGGUUUAAGAGCGGCACUUUUAGCGAAAAUGGCAGGCUAUGGUGGAGCUGCAGACGGAACAGCCUAUAACCCUCAAAGUCAAAUGAAUUUGAGUUCACUCAAAAAUCAAAUAACAGAUGUCAAAAAGUCAAACAUAGACAUACAGAAGCAAAUAAGUGAAAACGAAAAGAAACUAGAAUAUGACAGACACACAAAGAAACUCAAUGAGUUAAACGUAGAGAAAAAGAAGAAAGAAGAACAACUGAAAGAACUAAGUACAGAGGAAUAUGCGAAAAAAGUGUCAGAAAAAGCAGCAGAAGUAGCAAAAAUGGAACAAGAUGUUAUAAAUUUGAAAAACCAUACUACUCAAUAUAAAGUACUGGAAGAUGAAGAAAUAAAACAAAAAGCCCUGAAGACAUAUAUGGAUAGCGAUGAGUAUAAAAAAGAAGUUGAAGCAAAUGUAAAGGCAGAAAAACUUUUACAGUUGCAAAACCAAACCGUACAGUAUGAAAACUUAGCACAAGAAAGUAAAAAUAACGACGCGGCUAUGCAAAAGGCAAUGAAAAGCGCAGAAUAUAUAAAAGCUAACAAUGACUGG